UGGUUAGUGUGACUGAAGGUGGGGUUUGAGACUGAGCCAUAUGAAAAGCCAUAUCAGUUAGUCUGAGUAAACUCUAGACGGGAGAGAAGACAAGCGACUUGGUUUGUGCUAAAAAUAAAAAGAAAAAAGAAAGAAAAAAAAUGAUUACAGUGAACCGCGGUGAUUUAAACGUGGCUCCCGCUGAGCGCAGUGACACGUGGAGGCGCCGCGCGCUUUUCACCUCGCGCAAGUUUGCCGUGGCUCCGGGCGCGCGCGCUGACUAACCAGCCCUGACGCUCGAGCGCGGGAACAAAAGGAGCGCGAGCUGUGGCCAAACACACGCACGCGCGCACACACGCACACACGCACACGCGUGCGAGGGGGAAAAAAAUAGAAAGGCCGAGUGAGAGAUUAUUAUGAGGCGCGAUGGCUUGGUGCGACCGUGCGGUUCAACUGCUCCUGGCCACCGUGGGUGCUUUCGUGGCGUUUAGCCUUAUGACCAUCGCUAUCGGCACGGACUACUGGCUGUACUCCAGGGCGUAUAUUUGCAACGCGACCAAUCUCACCUCGGACGACACUCAGUCUCAACCCAAGAAAACGCGCGGUGAUCUCACGCACUCCGGGCUUUGGAGGAUCUGCUGUAUAGAAGGUCUCAACAAAGGAAGCUGUUACCGUAUCAAUCAUUUUCCAAACGACAACGACUAUGACACCGACAGCUCAGAAUACCUCCUACGUAUAGUACGUGCCUCCAGUGUGUUCCCCAUUCUCAGUACCGUUCUACUAUUUCUUGGGGGGCUGUGUGUGGGAGUAGGACGCAUCUACUACAAGAGGAAUAACAUUUUGCUCAGUGCAGGGAUCCUGUUUGUGGCAGCAGGUUUGAGCAACAUUAUUGGGAUCAUCGUUUACAUCUCCAGCAACACUGGUGAUCCCAGCGACAAGCGCGAUGAGGACAAGAAGAGCCAAUACAAUUACGGCUGGUCGUUCUACUUUGGAGCUCUCUCGUUCAUCGUCGCGGAGGCGGUUGCUGUCCUCGCUGUGAACAUCUACAUUGAAAAGCACAAAGAGGUGCGCUGCCAGGCACGACGAGAGUUUAUCAAGUCUACCUCAUCCUCCUCACCAUACUCGCGCAUGUCCAGUUUCCGCUUCAGGCGGCGACAAUCACGCUCCAGCUCGCGCUCUUCAGAAGCGUCCCGUGAGGCCUCUCCAGUUGGGAUAAAGAUGGUGAGCUCCGUGCCUCUGGGUGAGAUCAACAUGUACACCCUGAGCAGAGACCCGCUGAAAUCGGGCACUGACAGCUCCUAUAGCCCUGAACAUGACUCUGGAUUCCUGCAGGUGCACAACUGUUUUCCCAAAGACUUGAAUGACAGCAUCAACAGGAGGACAACUCCAGUAUGAGAAAACUUCAUGACAGGAAUAUCAUAGAAAUACAGUGUCUUGGCCAUAUAACAUGGGAGCACCAUUGAGGCCUAAUGGCUUAGUAGAAGCACUAGUUCAAUUUUUGCGAUGAUUCAACUACCUAAGGAUGACUGCCUUUGAUAGGGGAAUUUGGAUGGGCUUCAACGACAGCAUUUAAUCCUUAAAUUUAAAUUGCACCAAUGUUUUGGCCCAAGUGGUUCCUCUUUGCAGUGUUAGUAAGAAAGAAUUUAAAAGACUAGCUGUGGUAGACUUGUAUAGCUAAUUCCAUCCAUUUUACAAACAAUCAUUGAGUAGUGCAUUGUGGAAUUAUAUAAAGCGUGAAAUUUCAACAAACAAAUCUACUUUGAUAGGAACUCUUAUUCUCUGUAUGAGUCAUAGAUGCAGUGGAGAUUCACAAACCACCAUUUUAAAUAUGACUGUCCAAAUGUAAAAUGGUGCUACAGGAAGUAGUCUCACAGGUUAAGCCUUCCCCUUCUUGUGUAUUUUGUAUAUACUUGAACCCUGUAUUGCCUUGUCCGUGUCACACGUCUGUAAACACAACUGCCCUAACAUAAUCUGUGUGCCUCUCUGCUUACCAGGAUCAGCAGUUUUAGCUGAUCUAAGCUGUAGGUAUUUUCACUGCAGAGAAUAUUAUGUUUAAUUAUUUUUGUGAAACUAGAAAUAACCUAGGCUUACACAUACUGAAACUACAGAAUGAUUAUGAUACAAAAGAGAAAAUACAAGGCAAGCACAAAGUAUUUCAGUACUGUGAAGGUUUAUAUAAUAUUUUUAAUUACAACACUGAUAAUGUGCCAUCAGCUGUCAGUUUAAACCCACUUAUAUGUUGUUCUAUGUGGUGAAUGAAUUGAAGACGAAUGCUAUUUCACUGCCGUCAUUCUCGGCAAAAAGGACCUUGGGGUCUCAAAUGUGGGUUAAAUCAAAGUGUAUUCUGAUGGUGUUAUGAAUCAGAUCUGGAUGUUAUCUGAAUGAUCGCUCUGCCUCUCCUCCAUGCCGGUGCAGCCCUGUGUAAAUCUGAAUCGUGUGCUACUGGGACUGUGACAUUGUGAAAGUCUAAAGAUAAACGUUGGGCUGAGAAAUGUCAGACAUCCAGAACUGAAAGAGCCCGUCAGCAUUGAGAGGCAUUUCAAUGGUGCAGUGCGUUUUCCGAUAACAAGAAGAAAGACUGUCAGUUGCAUCAAUGAGGCCAAACCAGCGCUUCUACCGUGUCUUAGUUUUGUGAGCCUUAUGAUUGGAAUUCCUUUCAAAUCUAUGUGCCAGCCAGAACUGUACUUUGUCACUGUUUAUUUUUUCAAUAUAACAGCAUGUCUGUGGUACAACCUCUUACUUUGUCAUUUAUGUUUACAAGGACACUUCUGGUGGUGAGAGAAUAAUGUACAGUUUUCAAUCAAACGCAUAUUGCUGACUGACUCAUCAUGGGACAAAUCAUGUCAGUUACUUGUGUAUAUAUGGCUACCUUCAUUUACUAAGACAUUUUUUACAUGAGCUUUGAACCAUACCUCUGCAUAGAAUGAUGUAUGGUUGGUUGUCUUGAAUAUUGGCAUUUCCUAUGAUCUUUUGACUGUGCGUGCUAUAGCUAUUAUAAUCAGAGUGGUUCCAAAGGCCUUUCUGGCACUUUGGUAACAUAAUCACGAUUACAUGCCUAUAAUGCUCUGUUUUUCUCAAAGAAGACAUUUUCUCUCCUCAGCUUUGUUCUUUUCUGGUGUUCUCAGUAUAACACUUCCACUAACAACGUCACUAUAACCUUGCUCACUUAAAUAAAUUAAGUCAGGGCA